AUGGACCCUGGAGAAAUUCAACCAGAAGAGCAGCAACAGAUGCUGGCUCUGAAGCAGCAGUUUCAGAUAGACUACUCUGUGUUUUUCAACUACACGACUACCUCAAGCUACCAGAAUUCUCGAUCCUUGCUGCAGAAGGAAAAGAACAACAACAACAACCAGGUUGACGAGCGCCUGAUUCCGCAUACGAAGAAGAGGGGUAGGAGUAAAGGAGGCGCUUGGCUCUCUUCUUCGUCUUCUUCAACGGCUUCUCUGUUCCUUUUCAGAUACACUUGUCAUUCUCCGCUCGUCCUCCUCAUCUCCCUCGCUGGAAGAAUCCAAGAAGAACACUUCAUUUCCAAGCUGCACUUUUCUUGGCUCCAGAUGUCAUGCGCAUCCGGUAGCAGAGUGGUACUUGCAAGCUACAAAGACUCAGUGGGCCAGAUACAAAAGUUUGCUAUGCGUUUUGUGAACUCAUUGGAAUCACAAUCUUUCAUAGACUCCUUGAAGGAGAGCUUGAAAGAAGUGGAGCCAAUUGGGGCAUCGACUGACAAUUUUCUACCAGGACAACCAGAAAAUGAGCGCAUCCAAAUGGAUGGAGUGCAUCAAAGUGCGGCUGAAGAAUUGAAUCCUAUCUAUCCAGCUAGUGAUGUUACUCCUCUAGUGCAAGUGUCUGUUAGUCAUGAUGUGGGAAAUGCUGUCUCUAGGGAAACACUAUCUCCUGCUAACAAUAGAAGCAUUGAUGGAAACCUACCUUCGAGUUUCACAGCCUUCCUUAAUGAUAGCUGUACUGAGCCACAAGAAGAACCUUUGAAUGUCCCCAUGGAAGAUGAUCCCUUCUCCCACCUUGUGAAAAACUUGUCUGCUUCUACCUUUCAUGUCAUGUUGGGUAAACUGGAGAAAUUCAUCAGAGACACUGGAGGAGACCUGGCUUUGCGGCUGUCCUGAUUGUUCAUCCACUCCUCUGUUAAAGUUGAACAUUCUCCAUUGUUAAUACCAUGCUUCAAAUACUCUGUCAUAGAACUUGUAAUCUUUAGUCUCAUCCAUCUAUAUAUCCAUGUAUAGGCUUAUGGUGCAUCUUGGCAGUAUGGUUUUGUUAGCAUUUUGGUUCUUUAGUUCCU